CCCCGAGUUGUUCCCGUGGCACCGUCUCAUCCUUCUCCUAUCUGGCGGCGAGUAAACCCUAGAGCGCCGCCACUACUCCGUCGCCGGCCAUCCCGUCCUCCCGCAGGCCACCCCCUCCGCCCUCCGCUCCCUUCCCCUCGUCCACCUCUUCUCCAUCUCCGACAGUGGCGCUAGGGUGAGCUUCUCACGCCGGCUUUAUCCGUCACCGAGGUUCUCUGGUACCUUUGUACACUACCCCGGAUUCAAUCAGUGACAGCUUGAGCUAAGACAAUGAAUGCACAACAACCACAAAAUCAACCUCCCCUGCUCACGCCGGAGGCAUUUAUGAACCAAGUUGGUGAACCCCUGGUCACAAUCAACCUGUCCAAGCCGUUGCCAGCUUUCGUGCUCCAAAAGCAUUACAAGAGGUUCACAAAGAGGGUUUCGGAAAGAUGUGAUUCAUUCAUCGGCAAAGCCUACGCGAGGCCCAAGCUCCCUUCCAUACCAGUUUUUGCCUCCAUUGCCUUUGUGAUGGACCACGCCGUCGAUCCAACACGAGUUUGCUUCCAGCUACGCGAUAUGUACUGCAUGGGAGUUCUGAGCGAUGAUGAUAUCCUUUAUCAGGUCGGGAGGGCGAACAAUACCAGAAGGAUUACCGACAAUGCGAUUUUUCUUGGCAUAGGGGAGACUUACGGUCAGCUACUGGCCCUGGGAGCCGCACCGGCACCACCACCGGUUCAAGUGAACAAACAGGCCUUCAUUGACGCAUACUACCGGUUUCGUGAGCUUGGAACCCCUGCACAGGACAACGCCAGGGUAGCAUUUGGCAUCGGGAUAACCGCCUUGGGCUUCAUGGAGCCGUGCCGGCAGGCUGCGUUGGUGGGCAUGCCAGGCAGGCAUCACGGCUCAGAGGCGUACGCCGGUGUGGUCCGUGGAGGCCCCGUGUGGCAGGUCCUGCAGAGCUGGGAGGACAACUCGCUGUCAGCCGAGGGAAUGAGAGAGGCGCAGAAUGGGAACCUGGCCUGGACCGAAGACAAAAGUGAGCUUCUUCGCGCACAGAAGGAGGUUUUGAUUAUCAAAUCAAAUCCUCGUGUCCCUGCUGGCCCUCGGCCCAACCAUAUGCGAGAUACGGACUACUCGGCAGACGAUUAGUUGACUCAAAUUUUGCACAGUAAGAUUCUCAGUGUCGUAGUUGCGCUUGUAAAUCACGAGGUGAUCAGCUAUCAUGGUCAAACUGAAGGUUUGAAGAGCUUCGCGCACAGGGUGCCUAACAUGCAUGCCCUUUCUAGUUUCUAUGGCUUUUAUUUCGCUUUCAUACCGGUUCCUGAUUGUGGGAUAUCCUACAGUUAUACCUUCUGAUCAUGGGUACCCGCUCUUGAGCUGAUAUCAGAUUGUUAUAUGCCUAGUUCAGCAUGCUUGAUAUCAGAUUGUUAUAUGUGCACCUAGUUCAACAUGCACAGUCAGGGUACUGUUUAAGAUUCUUGCAGAAACAAAUAUGUCUACUGGAGCGUCAUAUCAAGCGAGAGGUCAAAUGUGCUUACAUGAUUUUGAUGUGUUAUUAAUUAAUACUACUUUUAAGAACUUGCUUCUAUGUACUGAAAUUUCGUAGCUCCUGCAUCUGCACGUAUAUUACAGUUCUCGCCUAAUGAAUCCCAAAUGUAUAUUUUGGGAUUUGGAUAAAAAUUGCAGUUCAAUGGGCUAUCUAUUUGUCCAGAAUAUCCACGGACAGCUCAAUUCUUCCCCCCACCCCAAAAGUUUGCAGGUCCAUUUCUGCCUCUACCUUGACCUCAUUCGCUCGACCUCCAUGUCUACUCCUAUGCCGUGGAAUGACACAGUGAAUCUGAGCAGUUCCGCGAACGAGGUUGGACUGUUGGUUUGAUCUGACGGCUCAACAGGUCAUUAGAUCUGAUAGCCUAACAGAAAAAAAAGAG